UAUUGAUCCUUCACACACCCUCGAAGCUUCAGGGCUCAACCUCAAAAAAACACACACAAAAGCUCUCACCAAAAAAGAAAAACAUAUAGAAAGAGGAAAAAAAACUCAAUACACACUUAUUUGAGUAGUUGCAGCCCUUCUUCAUCAGAAAGAGCACACAAGCAUAUAAAUAUAUAUAGCUGGAAGAAUAGAAUCACAGUAGUGACAGCAUCAAUAAUCAAGAAUGGCUUCUCCUCCAGAUAAAAGCAAAACAAUAAAGCUGGAAAGAUACAACAGCUACAUCCGAAGAGUAAACAGCACCAAACUUUUGAACGCUUCUUCCAAGCUUCUUUUCCGAGCAACAAUUCUCGUAGCUCUUAUCCUUGUAUUCCUCUUCACCUUCAACUACCCUCCACUCAACUCAUCUCCUUCUAGUAACAACAACAACAACAACAACCACCACCGCCACCGCUUCCUCUCCUCCGCUUUCGGCGGAGGAGGCGUGGGAGGCGCAUCCUGGGAGAAGCAAGUCCGCCACUCCUCCACCCCACGCCGCCCCAACGGCAUGUCGGUGCUGGUCACCGGCGCCGCAGGCUUCGUGGGGUCCCACUGCUCUCUCGCACUCAAGAAACGCGGCGACGGCGUCCUCGGCCUCGACAACUUCAACUCAUACUACGAUCCGUCGUUGAAGCGAGCACGCCAAGACCUCCUCUCAAAGCACCAAAUCUUCAUCGUCGAAGGUGAUCUAAACGACACGCCGUUGCUCAAGAAACUCUUCGAUGUCGUUCCAUUCACACACAUUCUCCACCUUGCCGCACAGGCUGGCGUCCGUUACGCCAUGCAGAACCCCCAAUCCUACGUGGCAUCCAACAUCGCCGGCUUCGUCAACCUUCUAGAAGUAGCGAAAGCCGCGAACCCCCAACCGUCAAUAGUGUGGGCCUCUUCCAGUUCCGUCUACGGACUCAACACACAGAACCCUUUCUCAGAGCUUCACCGCACCGACCAACCGGCCAGCCUCUACGCCGCCACGAAAAAAGCCGGAGAGGAAAUAGCUCACACUUAUAACCAUAUCUACGGUCUUUCCCUCACCGGGCUGAGAUUCUUCACGGUGUACGGACCUUGGGGGAGACCAGACAUGGCGUACUUCUUUUUCACGAAGGACAUUCUUCAAGGGAAGGGGAUCGAUGUUUACCAGACGCAGGACGGGAAGGAGGUGGCGCGUGAUUUCACGUACAUCGAUGACGUGGUGAAGGGGUGCGUGGGGGCGCUGGAUACGGCGGAGAAGAGCACCGGAAGCGGGGGGAAGAAGAGGGGACUGGCGCAGCUGAGGAUCUAUAAUUUGGGGAACACGUCACCGGUGCCGGUGGGGAAGUUAGUUGGGAUAUUGGAGAGUCUGUUGAAUGUGAAGGCGAAGAAGCACGUGAUUAAGAUGCCACGAAACGGCGACGUUCCAUACACGCACGCUAACGUCAGCCUGGCGUUUAGGGAUUUCGGGUAUAAGCCAACCACGGAUCUCGCCUCUGGUUUGAGGAAGUUCGUGAAGUGGUACGUUGGCUAUUAUGGGAUCCAGCCAAGGGUAAAAAAGGAAAUUCCCAACGCCAGUGAGCAACCCGAGGAUUCCGCUUGAUUGUUACCAUCAUCACAUGCUCUCUCUCUUUCGCUUCGGUGCUCGUCUACUACUACUAAUCUUAUUUAGUUUCUUUUUUGUUGAACUGUUAUUUAUUUUUUGUUAAUUAUAAUUAAUAUCAAUAAUAUUAUUAGUAUUGCUGUGGUCCACGUCCACAUAUGGGGAUGGUGGAAUGUAGAAUUUAUAGAUAUAUAUGAAUCUGGCAUAGGGAAAAAAAAAAAGAAGAAAUGGGAGAGGGGUAAGUGGGAAGUGUAGAUCUGUGAGCUGGGAGAAGGAGGUUGCAAUAAUGGUGGGUGGGGUCUGCCAACAAAGGUUGUAGACCUCUCACCCCCUUUUCUUUUUUUUUUCUUUUUUUAUAUUGUAUUUCCAAGGAAAGAAAUUGUGUAAAAGGAAAAGAAACUGUUGUUGAAUUGAACAAAUUAUAUAUAUUGUGACAUCAA